AUGACAUCGACUGCUGCUCCGAUCGAAAAGAAGAUCGAAGAGCUCGAAUUGAACGGAGCACCGGCUCAAAAUGUCGAAGAAGAAGAGGACAAAGUGACGCCGUGGGAGGUGACCACCACGAAAGCCACCGGAAUCGAUUAUGACAAGCUUAUCGGUAAGUUUUUCCCGCUUUUUUAGUGUUUUUGUGAUAAAAAUUAUUCAGAAAAAGAAUUAUCGCUAGAAUCCAUAAAAUAUUCUCAUUGUUUGCAGUGAAAUUCGGAUGCCGCAAGCUGGACGAGGAGAUAAUCGCGCGAUUCGAGCGGGUGACGGGCCGGAAGGCGUGUCCGAUGCUCCGUCGCGGAAUGUUCUUCGCCCACCGCGACUUCUCGGCGAUUCUCGAGCGGAAAGAGCAGGGCAAGCCGUUCUUCCUGUACACGGGACGUGGUGCCUCAUCCGGAUCGCUCCAUCUCGGCCAUCUCGUUCCGUUCAUCUUCACCAAGUGGCUGCAGGAGGCGUUUGACGUGCCGCUCGUCAUUCAGAUGACCGACGACGAGAAGUUUCUGUGGAAAGACAUGAAGAUCGACGAGGCGAAGAAGAUGGCACGCGAGAACAUGAAGGACAUCAUUUCGGUGGGCUUCGAUCCGGAGAAGACGUUCAUCUUCAACAAUCUCGACUACAUGUGCCCGCCGUUCUACGAGAACGUUGUCAAAGUGUGGAAGGUGGUGAAUGCCAACCAGGCACGCGCGAUUUUCGGAUUCACGCCCGAGGACUGCAUGGGAAAGGCGGCGUUCCCGGCUGUCGAAGCCGCCCCGUGCUUCGCCUCCAGCUUCCCGCACAUUUUCGGAAAGAGAAAUGGUGAGCAGGACUUUCUUUCUUUUUUUUAGCUAGAUAACUCAAAACCCACAAAUUUUGCAGAUAUUCCGUGCCUGAUUCCGUGCGCCAUCGACCAGGAUCCGUACUUCCGAAUGACGAGGGACGUGGCACCCCGUCUGAAGGCCGCCAAGCCCUCUCUGAUCUUCUCGACGUUCCUGCCGGCUCUCCAGGGCGCACAGACCAAAAUGAGCGCGUCGGAGCCGAACACGUGCAUCUUCUUAAGCGACACCGCCAAACAGAUCAAGAAUAAGGUCCGUUUACUUUUUUUUCGUAAAAAAUCCUCGAAUCUUGCUAAUUCUCGUCAAUUAUUGUAGGUCAACAAAUACGCGUUCUCGGGCGGUCAACAGACGGUCGAAGAGCACCGCGCCCUGGGCGGAGACUGCGACGUGGAUAUCAGUUUCCAAUUUCUCCGCUUCUUCCUCGAGGACGACGUGCAACUGGCCGAGAUCCGAGAGAAGUACACGAAAGGAGAGCUGCUCUCGGGAGAACUGAAGGCCCUCGCCACGGCGGAAGUGACCAAGAUCGUGAUGGAAAUGCAGGAGCGGCGGAAGACGAUCACCGACGAAACUGUCGACGUGUUCACCAAAAUCCGUUCAUUGGCGUUCAAAUUUUAG